UGGUAAAUAAGUUAAACUGAUAACACAUCCAUAUAGGAUAACCAUGAAUUAAAUUGAAGAAUAUAUGAAGAACUUGAAGAUAUAUCUAUAAAACAUGGCACAACCACACUUUACAGACGAGAAAAUAUCCGAAUUCCGUGAAGCUUUUACAUUAUUUGAUAAAGAUGGCGACGGGUUCGUGUCGGCUGAUGAACUUGGAACUGUUAUGAGAGCUUUAGGUGGAACAAUCACUGAUGCUGAAUUAAAUGAAAUGGUGGCAUCCGUAGAUACUGAUAAAAAUAAUUUAAUCGACUUUCCAGAGUUUUUAACCUAUAUGGCUAAAACGUUAUCUAAGAAGGAAUCACCGGACACUGUGUUAGAAGCCUUUGCUGUCUUCGAUAAAGAUAAUAAUGGUUUCAUUAGUGCUCGUGAAUUACGUCACGUGAUGACGAAUCUGGGUGAAAGGUUAACUGAUGAAGAAGUGGAUGAAAUGAUCAGAGAAGCCGACAUGGAUGGAGAUGGACAAAUAAAUUAUACAGAAUUUGUGAAGCUGAUGACGGAAUAGAGACCAAAUCAGAAAAUAAAGCCAGCCACAUCUCGAUCCCAAUUGCUGGAAUUAAUAAAUUAAUAUCCCAAUUGCUGGAGUCCAUAUACAUGGUAUAUUACCAUUCCACGCUCAUCGUGUCAGGGUCAGACAACUCUGUAUAAUAUUUAGAAAACUUUAUUCAUAACAAUUCAAUUAUAUAAUCAGCAUACAAAAAAUAUCAACACAACAUAGCACAUAUCAAGUAUUACAUUUCCAGAAAUAUAUUUCCCUAUAAACUGUUUGUAAAUAUAUUUAAAAUGACCACUCGUAUCAAGUCAUUUACAUAUCUAUAUAUUUUUACAGAUACCUUGUAAAAUGUCUCAUUAUUUGUAAAUAAAGUUAAAAUGACCGUUUGGUUCCCGGUCUUAAUAAAAUUGUAAAAUUAUAUUACCUUUGUAAAUCAUCAUUUACAGAUCGUAUAAAA